AUGGCCGAUACGCAGUUAUGGCCAGUGCCUUUUGGCGUUUCCAAUGACGCACUAGUGUACCCUGUUGGGAGGCGCGGAUCGUUGUCAAUCACGAGGCAGGAUGAUUCCGGCCAGUUGCUAAGCAGUCCUGGUGCGACGCGCCAUGACAAUGUUGACAGACUAACAACGGACGUUGCACCAAAAUGCCAGCUAAUCUAG